GGGAGGGGGCUGGCUUCUCCCGGAGGUGGCGGCUGCAGGGAGCCCGAGCAGCGGGAGCCGCCGGAGCCCGAGCCCGAGCCCGAGCACCGGAGCCCAAGCCGCAGGACGCGUGGAGUAGGCAGCGGGAGCCCGAGCCGCCCGAGCCGCCCUAGCCUGGACGCCCCCGCCCCCGCCGCCGCCGCGCCUCUGCAGCUCGGGGGGGUGGGCGCCGCUUGCUCCGCCCCGUGGAAGCCCUCCUGGCCGCCGCCACCCCCGCCGCCUUCUUCACCGAGGGACUCGGGGCUGCUCCCGCCCGUUCGAGACUCAGCCUGGUGGUGGCCGCCGCUGCCAUGUCCCCGGGGAAGCCCGGGGCGGGCGGAGCGGAGAGGAGGCGGAGGAGCUGGAGGCGGCGGCGGCGGCGGCGGCCUCGGCCCCGGCCACCGGCUCCAGCUGCUGUCCCCGGCGCCGAGGCUGCUGCAGAAGCUGCUGCUCUGGGGCCCCAGAGAGCCGCGCUGCUCCCGGGCACGUUCAGGGACGCUCGGAGCCCGAAGCCCGGGGGGGCGGGGGCGAAGCCUCCGCUCUGUCUCCUGCUGCGCCUGGGGCUGCUAUUGCUCCGCUUCAGCCAGAUUGCUGUUGCAGUCAGUGAUUGUGUUGAUUGUGGUCCAAUGAAUUUCAGUUCGAAUACCACUGACAUUGUUGUGACCAAUUUACCAGAAGGCUUUUCCAUCCACAAUGUGACCAGAGAAGAUGGAUAUGUGUCCUGGAAUAUCCAUUCAGAGACCCCAGUGAAUAAGACAAUUGGGGGGCUCUCCCCCGGGGAAACGUAUAUUAUCGAGUUGAAGAAUGGCACGAAUACCUGCUGCAAAAGGUGGUCAACACAACCAAGUCCUGUAUCUGACAUUGAAGUUGUCAGUGUGGGUACAACUGAGGCAACCCUGACCUGGAAGAAUGUGGACAAAGCUGCUUCUCAGUACAAAUACAUUGUAGAGGACAGGGGCUCUGAAAUGAAGGUCAUCACCAGCUGGCAGCCAAAUGUUACAAUUGCAGAUUUAAAGCCUGGGACAACUUAUACAUUCUUCAUCUUCCCAGAAGUGGAGAAUAGGACUCAGGGACUCAAGGAAGCUGUGAAUGUCACAACGAAACCGAAUCCAGUGUCUGAGCUCCAGGUCACAGAUGUGGGCAUAGCUGAGGCCGUUUUGACCUGGCACUCCGACAGUAGCAUUGCAGCAUCCCACAUGCGAUUUGAAGGCUUUGCAGAUGAGACUAAUUCAUCCUCCCAGGUGCCAUGUGAUAUUUCAGGCCUUGAACCAGAUACCAACUACCAGCUCACACCUUGUCAGGCCCAAGGAGACCUUAAUGCCACUCACGGCGAGACAGAUGACAACAGCACAGAUGUGAGCAUGGUGGAUGAUUCACUUCCAGCAGCUUUUGAUCCCAGCACUUUGACACACAAAUGCAACCUCCAAAAGAUAGGCAAGUUGGUUGCAGAGAUUCCUGGAAGCACUAGAAUUCACAUUACUGGAUUAAAUUCGGGAACUUUAUACCAGGUCACUGUUUUUUCGCAAACAACCAAUGGAGUUAAAGGAGACCCUCAAAUAAUAAGAUUCAAGACAAAUUCGAGUCAAGUUAUUAAUUUCCAAAUUGUGGAAAUCAGUGAUACUGGAGUGAAUUUGACAUGGGAGAACAGUGAUAACUCAUCAUCCAGCUAUACAUAUAGAAUACACGUUGCUGGGGAUGGCCAUUCCUUUGACCAGAAUUCUAAUGUUACUCAUGUUGCCAUCACAGAGCUCUAUUCUAGCACAUUAUAUAACUUCACAGUGUAUCCCAAAAGGAACCAUGAUCCUGAAGGCCAGCCAGCCUUUACCCAGGCUUACACAGCACCCCAUCCGGUUUCAGACUUUAGAGUACAGAGUUUCAACACAACCAGCAUUGACUUAGCUUGGAGCAGUGAGGCCUCCUUCUUCAGGAUCCUUGUUAAAGACUUCAUGAACCAUUCGUUCUCCCAUAAUGGGACAUACAAAAAAAAACAGCUUCUAGUUACAGACUUAAUACCUGGAACCCUUUAUCAUAUUGAAAUAUUUCCUCAAGCUCCGGAUGGAAGGGAAGGAGGCUCUCAAACAUUGGAACAAACUACUGAACCAAGUGCCAUUUCUGACAUUGAAGUUGUAAGUGUUAACACAACUACAAUACACUUAAAAUGGCAGAACGAGGACAGUGCAUCCCCAGGGUAUCGCUAUCACCUGCUCGUAAAACAAAACGGAUCGUCUAUCUUUAACCUUACCACUAGCUCCCUCAACAAGACCAUUAAAGGUCUGAUACCCGGGACACUCUAUAAUGUCACCAUCUAUCCAGAAGUGGGAAAUGGGACGAAAGGGAGUCCCGUGUCGAAAGCUGUGUAUACAAGACCUAGCCCAGUGUCCACCAUCAGUUUUUCAAACAUCAGUACCACAGAUGUAAUCAUAAACUGGCAAGAACCUGACAUUGCCUCCACCGACUACACCUAUUUCAUCAUUCUUGUUGAGGGACAGUCCAUCAGCCCAAUACCAAAAUUCAUCAACCGGACAUCAAAGGUCAGAAAUACUACAAUCACUGGCCUGAGCCCUGGUACUUCUUAUGAAGUCAUCAUCUAUUCUCAAGUCGGAGAGGAUGCUCUUCAGGGAGAGCCUGUCCAUGAAUUCUUCUGUACAGAUGCUGCAUCUGUGGCUUUCCUUAAGUGCAAUCCAGUGCCCAAGCAAUCAACCCUCACUUUAAGAUGGCCCUGUCCCCCUGGCAUGAACCGUGGCUUCAAUAUGACUAUCCGUAGUGGGGAGUGGAGCAGGGAAAUAAGUCUCCCACCCUGCUAUUCAAUGUAUUUGUCUGAUGACUUAAAUGGAACCUAUGUGGCACAUUUAAAUUAUUCUACCUCCUAUGACAUCAGCCUCACCACUCUGUCCUGUGGAGGAGAGAGUUUCCCCAAAUGGAAUGUUUGCCGAACUAGUAUCACAGACCCACCACCUCCAGAUGGAUUACCAAAUAUUUUUCCCAUCAACCACAAUUCAUUAAAAGUAAAAUUUGGCAAGUUUGAGGCAAGCCAUGGACCAAUAACAGCUUAUGCGGUCAUCCUUACCACAGAAAGAAGUGGUAACAAGUCUUCUGUUGACUUUUUGAACUACACCUAUGAUGAUUUCAAGAAAAGAAUCUCAAAGACCUACGUGACUUACCUCAUGAACAUUACAGAGGACAGAGCUGCCUCUGACCUCUCCGAUGGCUUGAAGUAUGAAGUAAUUGUGGGAAAUGAAUCGAUCACAGAUGGCUAUUAUAAUGGCAAAUUGGAACCCCUCAGUUCCUAUCGGGCUUGUAUUGCUGGCUUCACCAACAUUACCUUUGACAGCCUUCACCCUGGGCUCAUUGACGGUACGGAAAGCUACGUAUCAUUCAGCCUCUAUUCGGAUCCUGUCUCUUUACCUCAGAAUCCAGCUGUUAUCUGCGGCGCUGUCUUUGGGUGUAUCUUCGGGGCCCUGGUGAUUGUGGCUGUUGGAGGCUUUAUUUUCUGGAGGAGGAAAAGGAAAGAUGCAAAGAAUAGUGAUGUGUCAUUUUCUCAAAUUAAACCUAAAAAAUCCAAAUUAAUUAAAGUGGAGAAUUUUGAAUCCUACUUUAAGAAACAGCAAGCCGACUCCAACUGUGGUUUUGCAGAAGAGUAUGAAGAUCUAAAGCUCAUUGGUGUUAAUCAACCGAAAUUUGCAGCUGAGAUUCCGGAAAAUAGAGGAAAGAACCGAUAUAAUAACGUCCUUCCAUAUGACAUUUCCCGUGUGAAGCUUUCAAUCCAAACACAGGUGACGGAUGACUACAUUAAUGCCAAUUACAUGCCAGGCUACUACUCCAAGAAAGACUUUAUUGCCACUCAAGGACCCUUACCUAACACGUUAAGAGACUUUUGGCGUAUGGUUUGGGAGAAAAAUAUUUAUUCUAUUGUUAUGCUGACCAAAUGUGUUGAACAAGGAAGGACUAAAUGUGAGGAAUACUGGCCUUCCAAACAAACCCAGAACUAUGGGGAUAUAACUGUUGCCAUGACAUCAGAAAUCAUUCUUCCAGAAUGGACAAUAAGGGAUUUCACGGUGAAAAACGUGAGUAAGACUUUGUUUUUCUCUUGUUUUCUUGGCCAGGAUCAGUAUGUCUUCCUCAAUCAGUGCGUUUGGGAUAUUAUCAAAUCUCAGAAAGACUCCAAAGCUGAUCUCAUCUACCAAAACACGACAGCCAUGACCAUCUAUGAGAACCUCGCGCCAAUGACUGCUUUUGGGAAGACAAAUGGAUACAUUGCUUAAUUCCAAAGGAAAAACCUUCUUGCCCAGGGCUUCCUGGGCCCGGCGCCCCCACAGUAAAGGAAAUGAAUGCACUGUUGUGGAUGUUUUUAUAUGUAUAGUGUCCAUUUGUGUGUGCCUGUGUGCGUGCGUGCGCGUGUGUGUGCGGCAUGUGUGUUCUCCUUGGUUAUGACCAAUCUUGAAGGCUUGAAGAUACACAUGUAAGAAAAUGCAAACAAGCAGUUGGACUUCAGGGACUGUGGCUGAGGAAACCAACUAUAUUCCAGAUUAAGAAUAGGAUGAGCUGACUUUCUUCACUGGGGGUUGCAGACCAACUAGGAAAAGUGAGCUGCAAAUCUUUCUCCCCCUCUUCUUUCUAAAGGAUACAUGUCCUUUGCCCCCACUCCCCCUCUCUGUCUCUCUGUCUGUCUCUGUCUCUCUGUCUUUCUCUCUCUGUCUCUCUGUCCUUCUCUCCCUUCCUCCUUCCCCUCUCCCCAUUCCCCUCACUUUCUUUGUCUUUUUUAAAUGAACAAACUCUUUUAUAUGGUUCACACUCUGAAGCCAAGAUUGUGUUAAGUUGACUAUAUUUUGAGGAUCAGAAGUCUAUUUUUACCUACUGUAUCUUGGGAUCUGACUGAUGGAUAAAUGCAUAAUUUUGGUUGUUUAUAGUGUCAAGAGGGAGAUGUGGUGUCUCCUCCAUGUGGAUUUUAUAUUUAAACAUGUGCCUUUCCUAAUUAUGCUUCCGUAGGCAAAAAUCAGUAGAUAUCUAUAUUUUUAUAUUGAAUCUCAUAAUUGGAAUAUACAUUAUAUUUAAAAAUAGAUUAGUAGAAAGGGCCUAGCCUUUUCAGUACAAUUGCUAUGGUCUUUUUUUAAAAAGCAACUUUUCUUCUCUUUCAUCCCCUCUUUCUUUUCUCUCAUCUCUUCCUCUCUUUUCUCCCUUUCUAUCUAUCUUCCCUCUUCUCUUUCCUUUCUUGCUCUCUUUCCUUCUUCUUUCUUCCUUCUUGACUCUUCCCCCUUCCCUACCUUUUUUUCCUCCUUUCUCAUUCCUUCUCCCUCCGUAUAUUUAAUUCCCCUUCCUUCCCAAAGACUUGGUCACUGUUCUGCCCCAGCCCUUUCCAGGCCGGGCGGGAGUGGAGAUGAGCUCUUGCUUGGAGCUCUCUGCUCCCAUGGUGACAUGCCCCACUUGCCCUCUCUGUGUUUGGUAAGAAGGAUUAUUUAAAGGUGCAAUAUGUGAUGUAGUAAUUCAUGAUGCUCUAUGUUUUUCAGUAGAGUUUUACUCAGGUUGGUAUUUUAUGUGUGUCUUUUUUUUUUUUUUAAAGAAAAAAAUGUGUGUGAUUCUGUGAAAACUUCUGUGUAACAAUCAGUGUCCAAUCAGGCCCCCUUCUCCCUCCCAAAAGUUCACUGGCUCUUGUCUCUACUGGCAAUGACAUGCAUUGAUAUCUACUGUAUAUAUCAAACUCUUGUGAGUCAGAACUGAGGUGUAAAAAAUUUGAAUUUGUAUCAAAGAUGUAAUUAUUAUUUUAAAAAAAUUCUUUUCAAUAUA